GAGAGAGGGAGGGAGAAGGGAGAGGCAGCUGCCGCAGGAGGAGAAAGACCCCCCAGCUACUUCUUCAACUCGGUCUGCCCCCUUCCUCCUCAGCUCUGCGCUGCUGCUGUCAGUAGCGGCGGCCUGAGGAGCCGCAGAGCCCCCCACAGCCCGGCUGCGGUCAGGGCCGGCGCUCAGCCCCGGCGCGGAGCAGAGGCGGAGUGGACUGGGGCUGCUGCGGCUGGGUUCCAGUUCUCUCCUCCUCCAUCCACCCACCCAGCUGUAUCAUUCUUAGUCACGGCUGGCUUUGCUGCCGCUCGCCUUCCCGCUCUCCCGGCUGGUUUUGGUUUCCCUUUUGCUGUCAGUUUCCCCCUGUGCACUGACCAGUGGGGUUUACAUUUAAACCAACCGAAAGCCGCGGGGCGGAGAGAGGGAGAAGCUGCGCGAAGGAAGGUAGCUCGCGGAGAGGCGUGGAGCUCCCCACCCCUCCCGACCAGCCCCAUCAAACCAUCCGGUAAGAAAGUAAAGAAGCCAGCGAGGGUGACACCGACUCGCCCGGAGGAGGAGAAGCGCGUCUUCUCUCCCGUCUCGCCUCCUUUCCGUCCCCGCUCCUCCCAGCCCCUCUUCUCCGAGGCCCCGGCAGGAGCAGCCUGGACUCAUGAUGGCUUCAACCACUACCUGCACCAGAUUCACCGACGAGUACCAGCUCUUCGAGGAGCUUGGAAAGGGGGCGUUCUCAGUGGUGAGAAGAUGUGUGAAAAUUCCUACAGGACAAGAGUAUGCUGCCAAAAUUAUCAACACCAAAAAGCUGUCUGCUCGAGAUCACCAGAAAUUGGAAAGGGAAGCUAGAAUCUGUCGCCUUUUGAAACACCCUAAUAUUGUGCGGCUUCAUGACAGCAUAUCAGAAGAAGGAUUCCAUUACUUAGUCUUUGAUUUAGUCACUGGAGGUGAACUGUUUGAAGAUAUAGUUGCAAGGGAAUAUUACAGUGAAGCAGAUGCCAGUCAUUGUAUACAGCAGAUUCUAGAAAGUGUUAAUCAUUGUCACCUAAAUGGCAUAGUUCACAGAGACCUGAAGCCUGAGAACUUACUUUUAGCUAGCAAAUCCAAGGGAGCAGCUGUAAAAUUGGCAGACUUCGGAUUGGCUAUAGAAGUUCAAGGAGAACAACAGGCUUGGUUUGGUUUUGCUGGUACACCAGGAUAUCUUUCACCAGAGGUGUUACGAAAAGAUCCCUAUGGGAAGCCAGUGGACAUGUGGGCAUGUGGUGUCAUUCUCUAUAUCCUCCUUGUGGGAUACCCUCCUUUCUGGGAUGAAGACCAGCACAGACUCUAUCAGCAGAUCAAGGCUGGUGCUUAUGACUUUCCCUCACCAGAGUGGGAUACAGUGACUCCUGAAGCCAAAGACCUCAUCAAUAAAAUGCUUACCAUCAACCCUGCCAAACGUAUCACAGCAUCAGAGGCACUGAAGCAUCCAUGGAUAUGUCAACGUUCUACUGUGGCCUCUAUGAUGCACAGGCAGGAGACUGUAGAUUGCUUGAAGAAAUUCAAUGCAAGAAGAAAACUAAAGGGGGCCAUUUUGACAACUAUGCUGGCUACCAGAAAUUUCUCAGCAGCAAAAAGUUUACUGAAAAAACCUGAUGGAGUCAAGAUAAACAACAAAACCAACGUGGUAACCAGCCCCAAAGAAAAUAUUCCUACCCCGGCGCUGGAGCCCCAAACUACAGUAAUCCACAACCCUGAUGGAAAUAAGGAGUCAACAGAAAGUUCCAAUACGACUAUUGAAGAUGAAGAUGUGAAAGCUCGUAAGCAGGAGAUUAUCAAGGUUACUGAGCAACUGAUUGAAGCUAUCAACAAUGGGGACUUUGAAGCUUACACAAAGAUCUGUGAUCCAGGCCUUACAUCUUUUGAACCUGAAGCUUUGGGGAAUCUGGUGGAAGGGAUGGACUUUCACAGGUUCUACUUUGAAAAUG